CGCACACAUUGCCUGUACAGUCGUGUUGCCGUAGCUAACAUUUCCGGUGCGAACUCACGCAAAUUUCAUUCACAGCAGAUUGACCACACGACACACGGAGAAACUGUUGGCGGGCAGAAGAGGGAGACAUGGAACAACAUCCAGCUUCUGUUUCGGAGGAAUUGAAGCAAUUUGUAUUACAUGGCGCUCCAUCUACAGUGUAUUACAUCCCGGGUUUCAUAUCUGAAGAUGAGGAGUCUUAUCUCCUGCAACAGAUCUAUAAAUCACCCAAACCUAAAUGGACCCAGUUGUCUGGCAGAAGGCUUCAGAACUGGGGGGGAUUGCCACAUCCCAGGGGCAUGUUGGAGGAAAAGAUUCCUGCAUGGCUUCAUAGAUAUUGUGAGAAAGUGUCCAGUUAUGGUGCAUUCGGUGGGAAAACGGCUAACCACGUGUUGGUGAAUGAGUAUAAACCAGGAGAGGGGAUUAUGCCACAUGAAGAUGGUCCUCUGUACCACCCGACAGUCACCACCAUCAACUUGGGCUCUCACAGCCUCCUGGACUUCUACAAAUCCAUCACCCAGCUGGACGGCGACGCCGUGCUGGCAGAAGGCGAUCGCUAUCUUUUCUCACUGCUCUUGAGGCCGCGUAGCCUUUUGAUACUCCAGGACGACAUGUACCAGAACUAUCUCCAUGGCAUUCGGGUCUGCGAGCAGGACACUCUGACGGACAAGGUGCUGAACCUGUCGGCUGCCGGAGCUAAGCCAGGAGAGUUGCUGACCCGAGGAACCCGAAUUUCCCUGACCAUUCGUUAUGUGCCCAAAGUCUUGAAGACGAAGCUUAUUCUUGGACGGAAAUGAAGUUCCGUACUUUGACCUGCACUUAACUAUUUCAUCAAAUAACUGAACAUCAUUGCUAAGUAAAUCAUGUCAAUUGUCAAAUCUGUGGAUCAACAUUUUAUUAUUUUUUUUAAAUAGGGGUGUUCCUAGUGGCGGUGGGGGCGUAAACAUAUAGUUUGCUAUGACGAUGCAUAUAUUUUCUUUUAAAAAGGCAAAACUAUGCAUUUAAAACAAAUCGGUGUUAUUAUUAAUUAUAGUAUUAACAUUAAUUUUUUCUUACAUAUUUUUCUUUAUUUGUCAAUCGUUACUGCUUAUAGUUUUGUUGAGCAUUUUUUUUCUAUAGAUUUUGCUAAUCCUUUUAGUUACCGUACUCUUUCAUUGUUAAAAACAACUAACAAGAAAUCUAGCAUCUAUUUCUGGUGUUUUUGUUGACCGUACUCGUGUUUAGAGACUAUUUCUGUCAAUCCCGUGUCCACGACGAACAGCGAGAGCUGCAGAGCCGGAAGUCAUACUUGCUUCGCGCUGCUACAAGCCUUUCUCCCCUUAAAAGCCGCCACAGUCCUUUGACAUUUUGUAGAUCACUAUCUGUAGAUCGCAGACAUGCUGCCUCUGCUCCAGGCAAUCUUCUGCUUAUUAUCUACAUCAUUGCAACAACUGGUUUCAGCAGUGUUAUUCUGGUGAUCAAAGUCUUUUAUUGGCGGCCAAAUUUUCGGUGCAUAACUUGUCAAUAGUAUGCAAAUAUUUGGCUAUAUAUAUCUAUUCAGACUGUAGCAACCUGCUGGGGUUAAUGUGUCUGAUUGUGUAUUAUGAUGUUCAUUGUUCCCAUGGUCUUGAACACACCGUGUUGGCAGAAAAUGGGGGGAGUGAUUUUUUUGGACGCGGGGCGGAUGUGUGUUCACGGGAGAGAUUACAUGUUGGAGUUGGGCCGGUCGUCAACAUAAAAUUGGCAAUACAAAUUAAAAAGAGCGUCGGACCUUGUGUUUUCAUCUUUACACUAUAAAACAUUAUAUUACAUUACUUUGAAAAAACCCACAAUUUUAACUUGUGGUGGCUACUGUCAAUUACAUUAGGGGGAAACCCUCGUGUCCCGAUACUAUUUUUCAUUUCCGCUACGAAGUUGGAUCACUGAGUGUUGGCCGAAACCGAUAUUUAUCCGAUACGAUAUUAGCAGGAAUCAUAGUACGAUAUGGUUAAAACUAUAUCACGAUGUACGUUUUUUAUUUGAUCGAUGUCGAUGAUUAGUAUUGAUACUUUUCAAGACUUAUUUAAGCAUGUCAAUAAAUACAGUAAAACAACUUCCAACUUACCAAGGGUGCUAUUUGUCAGUGGAGAGGGUGUCUGGUAGACAGGUAGGUAAGGUAAUAAAAUAGUUAAAGUAGAUUUCAUGGUAGUUGCAGAUUUUUUGCAGCGUAAUUUUAGAGGCUUCUCAUUAAAUGGACACAUUGAAAGUGUCAGGAUGUUGCCUCAACAUCUGCAUUAAAACCAACAAAACUAAAGACAAAUUUCUGUUGAAGUGAAUCGUCACCCGAGAAUCGUGAUUUGCCUAAAGAUUCCUAAAAUAUGUGUAUAUAUAUAUAUAUAUAUAUAUAUAUAUAUGCAUAUAUAUAUAUAUAUAUAUAUAUGUAUAUAUAUAUGUAUAUAUAUAUAUAUAUAUAUAUAUAUGUAUAUAUGUAUAGUGUUUUAUCGGCCCAGUCCAAGUACUUACUUUUAUUAUUUAUGUGGAAUGUUACAAAAGGUUUGCUUAAGUGGAAUAACUCAGAGAUCAAUGGUUGGUAUGAAAAACACUAAAAUUAGACAUAUUUAUGCUUUUGAAGUGGAAAGUUAUUUUGGUAUUUGGUGACACCUCGUGGUAACAAUAAUUAUUGACGUUAACACACGAAACAGUAAGUUGAAUGAUGCGGACACGUUUGUUACUUCCUUGGAAACUUUCUAUGUGUAAGUAACAUGCAACUAUAAUUAUUUGAUAAAUGUGUUUUAGAAUGCAAUAUUGUUCAAUUAAGGACACUUGCUACAUAUGUCCGGCUUGUGUGCUAUUAUCUGCUUACCUGUUGUGUAGCUGCUAGCUCCUUGUAACCUAUAGCCUACCACGUUUAACUUUUGUAAAUAAAUUGACUGAAAUAUAAGAAAAAACGAUCUAGUGUGCUUAUUGGCGGACAUGUUCACUUGCUGUCCAGCUUUGCACAAGUAAAUAGCUUGUAUCGUAGCUUAUAUCAGUGAUUUUAGAAAAAAGCCGGUAUCAUUAGUUACUUAGUCAAUACACGAUAUCAACAUCCAAUUGGGAGACCAGUGGAAUUAAAGAAUGUUUACUUUCUCUAUGAUAAAGGAGCCGAAUAAACAUUUUGAAUCUGACCUGCUUAAAACUGUUUUCCACAGGACUGGACUGUAUCUGUGCACUGUAAUAAAUUAUUUAAUAAUCUAAUUUGCAUAAGUGGCGGUGAUGCAACACAGUGAUUGUCUGGAUGGGUAAAAUUUAGCUUUUAGGUGUGCUUCUCAAGAAAUAUGUGACAUGAUCUCUAGUUUUUCACCCUCAUUUAACAGAACAUGUUAACAUCAAAAUGUACUCCAAAAAGCGCACAUGGUUGUUGUUUUUUUGUAUUUUAGUCAAGUAAUUUAAAAAAGGUAAUUAUCGUAAGCUAUAGGCUGCUAGGAGCUGGCAACAACACAACAGCUUAGCACUAAAUGGCACACGAGCUAGAUUUUGAAACAGAGGCAUUUGUAAUAAGUGAUUAAAAAAUAUUGCUGUCUUACACGCACAUUUGUCUGUAUAAAUAAAUAAUUAGUUGCAUAUUACUCGCACAUAGUCUCCAAGGAAGAAGCGCGUAUUAGAAAGUAAAUAGUAACAGGUUUCCAUUCUUUAACAUACCGCCUUCAUGAGCUUAAAUAAUUAAUUAUUGUGACCGCCAGGUGUUAUUUAAAAAACUAUUACUCCUCUAUUUCAACUUUAAAUACAGUUAAAGUUAAUUCCCGGUGGUUAAUAAUAAACAGGAUAGAGUUUUUCAUACCAACUAUUGUUAUCUGAGUCAUUUCACUUGAUCCAACCUUGUCUAACAUUCCACACUGCCAAAUAAAAAAAAGUUAAAUUUGUGCUGAUUUCAUAUGGGAUUAAUAUUCUAUCAGCCAAUACUCAAGGCUCUACUAUCUGUAUUUUUUUUGUGUCUGAAAAAGUUUUAUCGCGACACUGUACACACUGUGUAUGAAACUGUAUAAAUGUAAAUAAAACUGAUGUAAUAAUUGA